ACCAUCGUGUUCAUUUGCAACUGUCUGGACUUAAGUCCUCUUUUGUUGCCUCUCCCUGUCAGCUUUGUUGGACCUCUUUAUUGCCUUAUUUACACAUCUGCAAGAUGGACACUGUGCUACUGCGCUGGUUUGGUACCAUUCUGUAGCUGUUCCUCUGCGGAAGAGGAGGACUGGAUUCCUAACAGAUGGCUUUGAUCCUUAGUGCUUAUUUACAUUGAGAUACCGUCCAGUUAUAUUCUGUUUCUGACACUGUGGAUGAAACUCAUACUGUUUUAGCCAUUUUACCUUAUCAGACUGAAUCCUUCUAAGCCCUUGCCUCUUGCCCAUGAUGGCAUAGGGACUUGGGAUUCAGCUCUCUGACAUGCAACAUCCAGGUUAGAUGCCUAGGUAGAGGAUGUGUCUCCUCUUCUCACAUUGCCUCACACUCUGAAACCUUCUACAUUCCAUGUUUUCUCUGUUUUUAAAAAAGUAAACAUGCGAUUUAAUUUAAUUCUCUUUCGUUUGUGUGUGUCAGUGGCAGAAUACCAUUGUUCAGCCCGUACAUAGAUACACUACCAAAUGCAAGUCAUUUGUCUUCCUUGACAACUUGUCUUUUGUCAUCGUACUUUUCUUUCAACCUUAGUUUAGGCUGCUGUCACUUUGUUUUCACCAUAUACUGGAGCCUAUGCAGAAUAUUGUGGUUUAUUUUCUCAAUGUGUUAAAAAAAAAUAGCCUUAUCUGUCCCACUCAUAAACAAUAAUGUUGGCUGUGAAUUAAUUUUGCAGUUCAGUACAAAAUCAGCCUCUUCACCAGCUCUGCAAACUUGUUUUGAUUUACCUCCUGGUCUAUCUUCCUCCCUAUGUGCCCCCCCCCCUUUUUUUUUUUUAAAUCUCUUGUAUUGAGGCCUUUUCUUUGCAGCGGCUGCCCUCAGGAACAGCACUCAUCCCUGGUAUCAUUCCAUCAACCCCAGACGAGGUCAAGGCACAUUGACUGCAAGUUCGUUAUGCGUGCAAUGCAAUGGCAGUGUUACCUGUGUAAACACUGAGUAAAACUGAACAAGGAUAACUUAGUCCUUAGUCACUAUGCUCUUGGCGAGGGUUGCAGCCGUAGGCUACGUUUGCUACUGCAUUAACAGGAAAUCAGUGUUUUCCUCUUGCGUGUCCUUAAGUGCCGUUUUCUAGUGACAGCGCUGAUCUUACAUGUUUGAUUAAAUAUCCCAAGACUGCAUCGACACAAAAACCAUAAACAGAAAAACACAAAACCCAAACAAAAUUAUAAUAAAAAAUUAAAACCCAUCCAAGAAUCUUUUGUUUUGCUGGUGAGGUGAAAAGUGAGAGGCCAUUAGCAAACGUCUUCAAAUCCAACGAGAACUAUACUUUGAAUGUCCUAGAUGUUCAAGUCUCUUGAAGGCAACAUGGCUUCAUGUGCACAGCUCCAAUUAUCAAAUUUUUGUGUGUGUCAUCAGUGAGGAAUCUAUGAAUUACAGGCUAAAAAUAAGUGUUAAUCUGUUACGUGACAGUAGGUUUUGCAUGAUACUUACCUUGUCUUUUAUUUUUUUAAAAUGUAUAUCCAGAUGGCAAAGAAUUGAUUAGGAAGAUAAUUUCUGAGAAACCCAAAUUUAAAAUAUAGUUAGUCUAGAGGGUUAAACAGUUAACGGUCUUGAGCUGCAGUUAAUAUUUGACAGAAAAGAGAACUCUUUGUUAGUUGUCUUGUGAAUUAGAUGCUUCUAAAUGCCAGGCUUGCCUGUGUCCCAAAAUACAUUUCCCAGUAUUUCCUAAAACGACUGAGGUUGUAACAUCCACUUUCUUAGCAGAUUCAAUUUCUACAUUAAAGUAAGAGGUUUUAAUAUUCUUCUAUUGUGGCUGUGUUCAGGAGCAUCUGGCAUAGAGUAAUAUAUUGAUUGUAAAAGUAUACAUUGCAUUGUGAAAAUGGGAAGAAAAUUGAGUCCAGGGUGUGGGUUGCCAUACUGGAGGCUCCACUGACUGCAUAGGGAGUCUAAAAUCUUAAUUCAGGAUCAGAUUAGAAGGGCAAAGUUAUGGUGGGUGAAUACCUCUCAAAAACAUAUUAAAGUAAUAUUGACUUUUUUUUCUUUUACUUUAUUGCAAACAAUAAGUCUGGUGGCAAAAAGAAAGUUAGCAAAGCUGAACAACUGAGGUUACAGAAGGAAGAAGAAGAAAGGAGGCUGAAAGAGGAAGAGGAAGCCCGAUUGCAGGUUCAACAAGAAGAAGCAGCGAGACUUGAGAAGGAGAGAAUUGAACAAGAGCAGAUGGAAAAGCUUGAGGCAAAAGAUCAGGAACGAAGGGAAUCUGAACUAGCAGAGCUUCAUUCACUGGAACAGAAGUUUUUGUCUGCACAGCAAUGGAAAACAGAUUAUAGGGCCCAUGCAAAGUGGGAACAUUACCUCAGUUGUGAUGGAAGUCCUGACCCGACUGUACUGCAGGAGAUAAAUACUUUCAUGAGCUUAUGGCGUGAAGAUCAAAAUGAGGACAUUCAACUUGUGAUGCAGAAGGGAGAACAGGUGCUAAAUUUAAUUGAGAAGUUGCAGUUUGUUUUAUUGGACACACCACCAAACGAGAUAACAGAAAAAGAAACAGUCCAGUACCAGGAAUCUAUUCUGGAAUUGCAGAAUCUGCUUCAGCAGAAGUACAAUGGCGCAACAGAACACCUGCUUAAAACAGCUAAUAUGCGUGAGGAUUCUGACACUGGAAAUAUGGAGGCAGUCAUAAAGGAUAAAAAUGUUACCUUUUGUCUUUGGGCCAAUCUGAAGAAGAAAGUAAGGUUCAAAAGUCACAUGUUUUGUGAUACACAGCAUGGAUUUGAUCUUCCAAAGUCACUGGCUGUGAGCAGUGUUGCUGUUCGCAUAUUGCAUACUCGUUAUGACCAUGUAUCUCCACUUUGGCUGCAGUGUCAAAGCGUGCCAAAAUUGGAAGUGUUAGAUAGCACAGAGUUAACUCAGCAUUCAAAAGACAAUGUAGAAGAACCAGAAGAAGAGGAAGAGAAAGCCAGAGAAGAGCCCAACACACCUGCUGAAGAAGAAACACAUUCUGAUGGGAGAAAGAGUGCUAUCUCAUUCCAAGAAAAGAGCAGUAGCGCAGCUGAUAUAAAUGAGACGGAGGAGGAAACUGAGAAGAAAUCUGAAAUCUUGGACAUACCAUCACAAGUUCAGGAUCCACUGCUGCAGGAAGAGGAGGAUGAAAAAGAAGAGGCGGUAACUGAUGAAACCAUUGUUGAUUUGCAACAGUUUGUACCGGUGGGUGGUGUGUACCACAUUGACGUACUGCAGCUGCCACCUCAGGUCAAACAAAUCAAGGACUGGAGCAUGGUGGAGGUACGCGAUGUUGGGUUGGAGGCAUACCCGUAUCCCCCAGAAGAGGCUGAAGAUGCCACACAUCCACCAGUACAGAUGACCCUUAGGCUCUCUGACGAUGUGAUGUAUUUUGAGGAUCCUGUGAUAGCCCGAUGGGAUCCUGCAGGCCAACAAUGGAGAACCGAUGGCAUCAGCAACAUCACAUAUGAAGCACAAGAAAAGCUUAUCACGUUUGAGAUGGGUACUUUUUAUACAAUAGCACUUCUCCAGGAUGCUCAUCUCAACAUGCCCUAUCAGGCAUGGGAAUUGCAACCUGCUGGUAUGGAUGAAGCACUACUUACAGUUACUACAGUCUUUGCAACAAUUCAGAUACAAAUUAAGGGUAAUCAGUGUAUGUUGUCUUCAGUAGUGGUGGAAGAGAAGGAUGUGCUUUCCCCCAUCACAGGAAAAUGGAUAAGUCCAGUUGGCUUAAGAGCAGUUUUGAAAAAAGCUGGUGUGAAUAUUUUCCCAGAAGCAUAUUCUCACAAUUAUGUCUCUGUGAACAAGAAGGCUCCCCUCACAGAAGUUCGGGCCUAUCAACAGAUGGCACUGGUUGCAUCAGCUUUCACUUUUGCCUGGAGCAAGUGGAAUCUAGAGGCAGGUCAAGAGCAAGUAGUGUUCAAGGUAAGCGAGCAGCUUAAAGCAGAUUCUGUCAAAGACUGGUCUCUUUACAUGUUUAAUGGUCAGAAAGCACAAAAGCUCAAGAUCACUGAAACCAGUGAAGCUUUCUCAGAAGAGCUAGAAGAUGAUUCUGAAUUUCACUCCACACUCUACCAUAUGCUUAAGGACUCUGCCAGCAAAGAAGCAAUUGAUAAAGUGGAAACAGCUAGCUUCUUGUUUAUUGAUGUUGUAUAUCAGCUACUACUUGCUACAAGAGUUUUAACAUACUCUUAAAUACUGUAUACUUCCCUUUAAAACUUUAUUAUCAAAAGCUUUACUGAAAAGUUA